UAUGUUGCCGGAGGGUCCUGUCCCAGCAAGGCCACCAUUCUCGGGAAGACCGUCAUUGUGACCGGCGCCAACACGGGCAUCGGGAAGCAGACCGCCUUGGAGCUGGCCAAAAGAGGAGGCAACAUCAUUCUGGCCUGUCGGGACAUGGAGAAGUGUGAAGCGGCAGCAAGGGACAUUCGCAGGGAGACCCUUAAUCACCACGUCAGCGCCCGGCACCUGGACUUGGCCUCCCUCAAGUCCAUCCGAGAGUUCGCGGCGAAGAUCACCGAAGAGAAAGAGCGCGUGCACAUCCUGAUCAACAACGCGGCUGUGAUGCGGUGCCCCCACUGGACCACCGAGGACGGCUUCGAGAUGCAGUUUGGCGUUAACCACCUGGGUCACUUUCUCUUGACGAACUUGCUGCUGGACACGCUGAAAGCCUCGGCCCCUUCGCGGAUCGUCAACCUCUCGUCCUUGGCCCACAUCGCAGGUCACAUGGACUUUGAUGACUUGAACUGGGAGAAGAGGACGUACGACACUAAAGCGGCUUAUUGCCAGAGCAAGCUGGCCGUCGUCCUGUUUACCAAGGAGCUGAGCCGGCGGCUGCAGGGCACGGGUGUGACUGUCAACGCUCUGCACCCCGGCGUGGCCAGGACGGAGCUGGGCAGACACACGGGCAUGCACAGCUCUGCCUUCUCCAGCUUCACGCUCGGGCCCAUCUUCUGGCUGCUGGUCAAGAGCCCCCAGCUGGCAGCCCAGCCCAGCACGUACCUGGCCGUGGCAGAGGAACUGGAGGGCGUUUCUGGAAAGUACUUUGAUGGAUUCAAAGAGAAGCCUCCAGCCCCUGAAGCUGAGGAUGAGGAGGUAGCCCAGAGGCUUUGGGCUGAAAGUGCCCGCCUGGUGGGCUUGGAGCUGUCCGGUGGUUCCUCUCCUCAGUGA